GGGCAAGAUCUGUGUGAGACAGAUGUUCCCAGCAUGGCCACACACAGUGUGACACUGCUCAUCUGCCUCUGUGGGCUGGCUGGGAACGGGGCUGUGCUCUGGGUCCUCGGGUUCUGCAUCCACAGGGACACCAUGAAACCCAUCACUGCCUACAUCCUUGACCAGGCCAUCAUGAACUCCCUCUUCUUCAUCUUCAUGGUCCCCUCCGCUCUGCUCUUCCUGCUGAAGGAUUUCUCCUGCUCCUCCAUCAUGCCAGCAUCCAUACGCUUCCUUUUUCUCCUCUUCCUGAUGUUCCACAGCGUAGGGCUGUACCGGCUGAGCAUCAGCAUCGAGAGGGGCAGGUCCAUGCUCUGCCCACCUGGGCUCUUCUGCCACCUUCCCCAGGGCCUCUCAUGGGUGGUGGUCAGUGCCAUACUCUGGGCCCUUUCCAUCACUGCCAUCGCUGCCAUUUCUGCGGUGAAUUCCCUGUGCCAGUCACAGGAACACAAGCUCUGCCGCGGGUCUCUCGUCUCCCUGUACAUCCUCAACUUCCUUGUCUUUGCUCCAUCCAUGGUCGUUUCCAGCACAAUCCUCUUCAUUCACUUCAAGGGUAGCUCCCAGCAGCAGCAAUCCAAGAGCCUUGACAUCAUUGUCUUCCUGGCUGUGCUCCUCACUCUCCCCCUCAGUCUCUGGAACUUCCUGCAGCAGCUCGGCUACACCACUGUGUUCCCCCGGGUUGUUCUCCUGUUUGCCUGCAUGCACAGCAGCAUCAACCCCUUCAUCUACAUCUCAGUAACAAAGUGCUGGAGGCACUGCUCCAUGGGGUCCCUCAGGGAGUGCCUCCAGAAGGUGUUUGAGGAGCCAGAAGGGAGCACUGCCCCCAGUAAUGAUGCCACCAUGGACAGGGGGAUCUGAGCCUUUUGGACCCUUCAAGUGCCCCCAUGCAGGACCACGGGGCAGUGGCUGAGGAUCACCCUCCCACCCUUAUUCCUGAAGGGAAAGGGAG